AUGGAUAUAACUUUGGAAGAUCACAUCGAUUUACCCCUAUCAGACAAUUCUCCAACGUCUGUUAAGGAGCGUGUAGCACUUAUAAAUGGCAAUUUAUCACACUACCAAUCUUCUACAGUUAGCAGUUUGCUCAAGCGUUUCAAUGGAAAUGCUACAAAGCCACUAGAUUUUAAAAGAUUGAACCAUGUAAGGGAUUCUAAUCUCAAGUCCUCCGACUUUACAAAGUUACAAUUACAUGGGAGGAAGUUAAUUGCUCCAGAUUUUGAAGAUAACCGAAAUAUUAACACAAAACCAGUUACCAUAUUCGUGGGAACAUGGAAUUGCGUUUAUCAGGAUUUUUUCGAAAACACAAAUACAACUAUUGUUCCUGAUUCUGUAUGUUGUAACAUAAAGAAAAAAGGCCGCUUGAGUAGAUGGCUUUCUCAUGUUGUAGAUUUUAGACAUUCGCAUAGCCAAAAACUACCAAUUGCACACGAUACCACAAAAAUUAAAGAAUACCAGCAUGAACCCCUACGUGAAUGGAUAGAACCUGGUUAUGAUAUUUACGUAAUAUCUUUGCAAGAAACACUUUCUUCAAAACUAUUUAAUAUAAUCUCAAGCUUUUUGUCGUGUGGACCAGAUUGUGCGUAUACUAGAAUCGAGUUAGAAAAAUACAAAUUGUCUGGAUAUGGUGAUGGAGCAUUUUUACAUACAAAAAGUACAUGUUUAGCGGUAUGGGUACGUACUGAGCUUUUGGGAAAUGGAAGUGUUUCUGUGGGAAAAUCCAAGGCCAUUGCACUAAGCAUGCUUAAUCAUAGCAAGGGUGCAAUAACGCUGCAGUUGAAAAUUUUUGGUCAAAUUCUAUGCAUAAUUGGCGCUCAUUUGCCGGCAAAAUUUGGUGAAAGACAACGAGCGGCUUCGUCUAUAUUGAAAAAAAUUGCUGAAGCUUAUGGAGGUCAUAGUAAUGUCAUUUUCCAAGAUGUCUUUCACCACAUCUUAUGGGCUGGAGAUUUUAAUUUUCGUGUUCGCAACAUAACUGCAGAUGAGGCCAUUUUUUUAUUAAAUCACAAUCAACGUGAAGUUUUAUUUUAUAAUGACGAACUUUACUCUGGAAAUGCCUCUGUCUUCUCUGAUUUUGACUUUGAAGAGGGAAUUGUAAGUUUUGAUCCUACAUAUAAAAAACGUGAUGAUCGCGAUGUGAUCAAUAGAUCUUCCUCCGAUUGGGCGGAUAGAGAAUACCAUACACAAUUUGGAUUAAAGUGGUAUAAAGGUGGUAAUGUUCGUGAGAGAGUACCAUCAUGGACGGACAGAGUGCUAAAGUGGUCGUUACCAUCCCUUAAAACAUGCCUAGAAAUUGACGAUGGGUCAUACAGGGCAGUUUUACCACAGACGAAAAAUAUGCUGCUUACAAGUGAUCAUUCUCCGGUUUCUUGUGGACUAAAAAUAUGGCCACUUGACAGCAUAUAUGCACCUCCUAAACGUAUGAAUAUUGAUCACUUUUGA